AUGAAAGCGUUGGGUGUCGGUUCUUAUGGAACUGUGUUUCUUGCCGCACCAAAAGAUGGUUCGUCUACUUUUGUGGCAGUGAAAUCUGCAGAAGUGAAGGAUUCGUCUUCGCUUUCAAUGGAAGGAAGAAUACUGGAUGCGCUGAAAGGGUCGCCAUAUGUAGUUCAGUGCUUUGGAGAAGAUGUAAGUGUCGAAAACGGUAAACAUACUUAUAACCUCUUGCUCGAAUAUGCCGUUGGUGGCACUUUGCACGAUUUGAUUAAUAUCUACUCUAAAGCUAACACGAUGGUUGAAGAAUCAGAGGUUCCAUACUAUGCUUUUCAGCUUUUGACUGGGAUUUCUCAUGUUCAUCGUAAGGGUUUCAUUCACUGCGAUCUGAAACCGAGUAAUAUACUUGUUUUUCCUAGUGUUGAUGACGAAUAUGAUAGUAUUGUGGAUGUGCGCUUGAAGUUGGCUGAUUUUGGGUUGUCUUUGAGAACGGUAGAAAACGAAACACAUACCUACUGGGAUAGAGGCUCCAAGAAGUGUUGUCAUCAUAGAGGGACUCUGCUUUAUGCUUCCCCAGAAUCUGUAGCUCAUGGGAUUCAUGGUAAAGCCGUUGAUAUUUGGGCACUUGGUUGCAUUGUUGUAGAGAUGAUCACAGGGAGACGGUUAUGGUUGUGCCAUAAAAAUAGUGACGAUUUGGACUUCAAGAUUACACAUGAAGAACCUGUGAUUCCGAGUAAUGCUUCUAAUAUAUGCAAGGACUUCCUGGUCAAGUGUUUUGAAAAAGAUCAUAAUUGGAGAUGGACUGCAGAUAUGCUGCUUAAUCAUCCAUUCAUUAAGAAUGUUAUGUCCGGUAAAUAUCAUCCAGAAGAUCAUGAGCUGAUGAGUAAUAAAGUUAUCAUUAACCCUUUUAGUCAUUGCGAAAGCUGGGUUUCUAAGCGGCAUUUGUUUUCAACGUGCUUUCAUUUGCCUUCAAGUGAUAACUUGAGAUCAAGAUAUGCUAUUUUUCCAGCAGAGAAUGCACAAUGUCGAUUUUCAGAAGCUCCUAAUUACUCUCUUCCUCUGUGUUAG